CAAGUAAAAGUCCUGUUGGGCAACAGAUGAGUUGUAGUAGAUGAAGUGUUCCACAUGAUGUUGAGGUGGUUUUUGUUUUGAUACUCCCGCCCCGCCAAGAUCGUUGACGAGGAUGUAUGAGCAUUGGUGUCCUUUUCAUAAUUUUGACAUCAGACAAAUACGUGGUAUAUCCAUCGGUUUCCUUUUUCCUUCAAGAUCAAGGGUAAAACGACGAUGCUGCGGUAAUACAAGAAACAGGCACACCAGGCGACAUACAUCGAUCCAGAAGAUUUGAGUGCCCUGCUUUAGUUUGUAGAGCCUGAUCAUUUACUUAGUUAUUUAUUAUCCCCGUGCCCGAUCUUGCGAUGAUGGUACAAUUGGUAGCUUGAGAAGAUCACUCAGAUGAGGGCUCCUCCAUGUAGCCUUCAACUCCUUUUUAGUGUAGUAGAACAACGUCAUCGAACAUUCUGACAUCUCUCUUCGAUUUUUUUGUGGUAUACGUAAUUGCUGACGCUGGUCUUUGGACCUAGUAGGUUGGAGUAGUCAAGUAGCUCUAGUAACUUGUAGUUUUUUAUAGAAGAGUAAAGUUGUAGUUCGAAAAAUGAUCAUAGCCAAGAACAGCAGACAUUCGGCAAUGAGCGGCUGCGUUCGCUCAGCCACUUCGAUGGCGCGGUGCUACUCCAGCGUUUGCAGUUCUGCUUCGCCAAGUGCGUCCUCUUCAGCCUUCGAUCGAAAGGGCGCGCGAUCGAAUGGAAGAUCAAGUGGGUAUCAAAUGGCUCUAGUACCAGGUUCGCGACCAUCGCUUGCUGCAAAGUCGGACGCAACAAGCCUCAAUUUCGCCGUGCGGGGAACCUGCAGCAGAUCCAACGUGCGCGCAACGGAUCUUGAGAAUAGACUUUUGUCGACCAAUAUUCAUCAAAUCUCCAAGCGGAGCUUCGCGCGAAAAUCAGACUCGCCGCCGCCUUCCAGUCCACCUCCACCAGCGGCGCCCCCCGCGGACCCAUGGCAAGAAGUAAGUGAAAGUGCUAGUGUCCUUGUACCUUGUCCUUGUAGGAGAAGUUUGUUGUCUACUAUGUCCUUGAUGUCAGCUUCCACUGCCUGAGUAACUACCUUAUGAACAAGAUACUGUAGCAUAGUUCGUUGCUUGUAGUUUUUCUAUAUUCAGGUUGACACGAUAGCUGCAAAUACUAAAAAUGCAUCACCCCAGUAUAGCCACGAACAAGAAGAAGAAAGCCGAUCUUUUGCAUAUUUUCGUAGGUAAAAGAUCCGGCGGGCAGUGGCAAAACCUAUUGGUGGAAUACGCAAACAAACCAAGUAACGCCGUUGGGCGCCAGCAAGCCUCUCGCGACGCAGCAGCAGCAGACGACCGCUCCGGCCGCGCCGAGCGCGGGCGGCGGGUUGAUGGGCGCGAUCGCUGACGGCAUGGCGUUCGGCUUUGGUAGCUCGCUGAUGCACCGGGCUAUGGACUCAGUGAUGGGACCCCGAACGAUGGAGGUAACAGGGAUAAAGAUUUUUAUGAUUGUGAAGCCACCUUAUUGUAUCCGAUAGACGCGACUUUCCCUCUACUGAGGCUGAUUUCAGCAAGGCGAGCUGCAGCUGCUCCAUAAAUCGGCAUGUAGUGUAGUGUCCUUGUCCACCUUGUGAUACAACAUGAAAAUGAAUAUCGAACAAAUCUCCAGGUCACGCACACGCAGGAGGGACAGACACCACCACCGGAUGCGCCACCGUCCCCACCACCAGCUUCGGGGGACGAUGCCGGAGGCUCUUAUUUCCAGGAGGAAAGCUCUUGGUUCGGGGGCGGCGACGGUGAUGGCGGAGGAGGCGGUUGGUUCGAUGAGUGAACAUGUUGCUACAUCCUGCCGCAUCAAUCUGUGACGCGGCUGGUAGCCAGUUUCAGACCGCGUAUGAUGAAGUCAGUAGUGUUGCUGCUGUCAGUACAGCAACGGACGAGCUCUUCGAUGAGGAUGUUGAUGAAAACAGAAGUUAGCCGGACAGUGGCCUACUUGGCCUCCUUGCAGCACAGGACGGGCGCUACCUGUUCAUCUGUUAACUGUCACUGUGUGGUCAGUGAGUUUGAGAACAAAGACUCCCACGAUAAA